CAUUGUGGAUAAGAAAACUAGCUGCCCAGGCAAAAUCAACCAGGUUUUCCGGAAGAUUCAAGUGCUCUUGUGCUUUUGUUUGCGGCCUCUUCCUGUGCACCCUGUUUCCAAGAUGCCUCGCAUUGAGAAUGACAUCAAGCUGGACUUCAAGGAUGUGCUCCUCCGUCCAAAGCGAAGCACUCUCAAGUCAAGGAGUGAGGUAGACCUCAUGAGGAGCUACACCUUCAGGAACUCCAAGGGCACCUACAGAGGGAUCCCCAUCAUCGCUGCAAACAUGGACACCGUGGGGACCUUUGAGAUGGCCCUGGCCUUGCACCAGUUCACUCUCUUCACCACAGUUCACAAACAUUACUCCGUGGAUGACUGGGUGGAGUUUGCGAAAAAGAAUCCAGAGUGCCUGAAGAAUGUAGCAGUCAGCACGGGGACCGGGGAAGGGGACUUUGACAGGGUUUCAGCCAUCGUGGAGGCCCUGCCACAGCUGCAGUACAUCUGUGUGGACGUGGCUAACGGCUACUCUGAACACUUUGUUCACUUUGUCAAAGACAUCAGGGAGAAGUUCCGCUCUCACACUAUAAUGGCAGGAAAUGUGGUGACAGGAGAGAUGGUAGAGGAGCUGAUCCUGGCCGGUGCUGACAUCAUCAAAGUGGGCAUCGGACCAGGCUCUGUGUGCACCACCCGCAAGAAGACGGGCGUUGGGUACCCCCAGCUCAGCGCCGUGAUCGAGUGUGCGGAUGCCGCCCACGGCUUGGGUGGCCACAUCAUCUCCGAUGGGGGAUGCACUUGCCCGGGGGAUGUGUCAAAGGCGUUCGGUGCCGGUGCCGACUUUGUGAUGCUGGGCGGUAUGCUGGCUGGCCACUCCGAAAGCGGGGGAGAGGUGAUCGAGAAAAACGGCAAGAAGUACAAGCUGUUCUAUGGAAUGAGCUCCGACACGGCGAUGCAGAAACAUGCUGGGGGCGUGGCUGAUUACAGAGCGUCGGAGGGGAAGACGGUGGAAGUUCCUUACAAAGGCGCGGUGGAGGUGACAAUACGGGACGUCCUGGGCGGGGUCCGCUCCACCUGCACCUAUGUCGGGGCGGGCAAACUGAAGGAGCUGAGCCGACGCACCACCUUCAUCCGGGUCACCCAGCAGCUCAACACCGUCUUCGGCAGCUGAGCGUCCAGCUCGACGCUCCUUCAGAGGCCGCGCUAAGUCUGCACCACUGCCUGUCUGACCACGAGUGAACACACAUGAAUAUUAAGACUUUUACUAUGCUUCUUAGUUUUUAUUACAGUUCAAUGCAAUUUCAUUUUAUUGGGUUUGACUUCACUCCCAUGAACAGAUGGAUUUUGUCGCAUUAGACUCAUUCGGUGUUACAUUUUUCCUCCCAUCCACAAAGUUUCAGGUCAGUUUCUAGACUGUGAGCAGAAAACUCAAGCAGUCUGUCUUCAGCUCUUCGCGCGUCUGCUGCCUCAUCGUUCCUCUCACGAGUUGUUCCUUUAAAUAUGUAUGCCAAUCUGCAGCCGUCUGUACACGGUAUAGACAAAAUUCCUUUAUGCGGAGAUCAUACUGCGAGCCAUUGUAACACGGCCACAAUUAUACCAGAUUGAAAAAUGGAUGUGUUUAGAAAUGUAACCAUUCCACCCCUCUUUCAAUAUUGUACUUUAUGUUUUAUAAUUUGAGUAAUCAGUUUUUUUGUUUUCAGAAAUGCAGUGUUGCAUUUAUUUUUAAAAUAGUCGAAUUAGAUUUUAAAAUAAUUUAAAUAUCGACAAUACGUACUGAAUGGUACAGUACUAGAGCACAUGGCAGAAGUCUUCAACAAAGAUAUAUGCAGAUUUACUCGUACCAACGUGUGUGUAUGUGUGUGUGUGGGGGGGGGGCUUAAUGUUUGCGUUCAAAUUAAUUUAUGAUUAAUUGCAUUCCUUUUAAAUUCAGCGGUUGUCCCGUAGCCGUUUUAAAAUCGGUCUCACUUCACAAAGUGUAGUUGUUCCACUUCAAGAUAUUCUGAACUAUUU